AUGGCUCAUAAUAAUUUGCCGAAUGGUAUGAAUAAUAACCGUCGAUUACCAUCAAUGGCUAUGCCAACAAACAAUCAAAUAGCCCAGGAUAAUGCAUAUGAGUUUGAACUCAUGAAAUUAAUGGAACAAGAACGUCAAUUACUUGCUGCUCGACAACAAGUACAAAGGGAAAAUAUGAUGGCUAAACAACAACAACAACAACAACAACAGCAACAUCAAUAUUUUCCAUAUGGCAAUGAAAUGUAUUCAGAUUCACAAUCUCAAUCCAUUUCUCAAGUUAAUCGACAUGUUUUACCAGUUAUGAAACCAUUACGAAUUAUUAUUAUUCGUCAUGCAGAACGAGCUGAUGCUGCUUUAGGAUCAGAUUGGUCAAAGAAAAGUUUUGAUCGAAGUGGUCGUUAUAUACGAUUUAGUGAACAUUUACCUGAUGCAUUACCAACUCGUUCUUAUUUACAUCAUUAUGUAAUUGAUGUACCAUUGACAAAUCGUGGUCGUAUGCAUGCUUUUAAAACAGGUAAAGCAUUAUUAUUCAACGGAUAUGCAGCAGAUAUUUGUUAUACAAGUCCAUCGUUACGAUGUGUUCAAAGUGCUGAUGGUAUUUUAAAUGGUAUGGGUCGAAAAAAUAUACCAAUGCAAUUAGAACCGGGAUUAUUUGAAUGUUAUUUAAAUGAUUUUAAACGUACAUUAUGUUUUAUGACUAAAGAUGAAUUAGCUGCUAAUGGUUAUAAUAUUGAUAAAUCUUAUCAAUCAUUAAUGCCAUUUAUGCGUCCGCAUGAUAGUCAACUUGACUAUUAUGAACGAUGUCGUGCAAUUAUGGAUAUUAUAACUGAACGACAUCACGCUACUGGUGGAACUAUUUUGAUUGUAGCACAUGCUCCAAGUCUUGAAGGUCUUACAAGACAUUUAUCAGGUGGUAAACUUCAGCCAGAAAAAUUAUUUGAUAUUGCUCGUCGAGUACCAUUUCUAGCAAUGACAAUAGUAGAAAAGAAUAGUAUAGAGAGUCCAUGGCUCUUUCGUACACAACCACUUCAAACAGGUACAACAAUAUCAAUGCGUGAAGUUGCACUAGAACUAGCUCCACCACCCACACCAGUGCCUGCAGUUAUUCCUCAUCAUCAAAUAUCUCAACAAAAACAACAACAGCAACAACAACAACCAAGGCAACAACAACAACAACCACCACCACCACCACCAUCAAUACAAAUAAUUGCAGCACAACCUCAACAAGAACAAGAACAACAACGUCUUCAACAAAAUCAAAAUCUACGAAUUCGAGUACCAAUAGGUCCAUUACCAGUUGAUCCGAAAAAAGUAGCCAAAAGUUCAACAGCUCCGAAUUUACCAACAAGCAAUUCGUUAAGUGAAAUGUUUCGAGUUAUUUAA